AUGGGUUCCGAAAGUAAGUAUGAAUCUGUCCUCGCCUCUCGUUACUGUAAACGAAGUCCUUUGAUGGAUAUGUGGUCUGAGAAGAAUAAGGCUGUGCUAUGGAGACAACUGUGGAUAUGGUUAGCUGAAGCUGAGAAAGAACUUGGUCUGAAACAGAUAACCACCGAAUCUAUCGAAGAGAUGAAGGCCAAUCGUGAUAACCUUGAUUGGGAUUUCAUAAGAGAUGAAGAGAGAAAGCUGAAACAUGAUGUAAUGGCUCAUAACCAUGCCUUCGGAAAAAUUUGCCCCAAAGCCGCAGGAAUUAUUCAUCUCGGAGCUACAUCGUGUUUUGUUCAAGAUAAUGCAGAUCUUAUUGUUAUCAAACAAUCUGUUGAUUACCUUCUUCAACGAUUGGCCACUAUUCUUACUCGAGUAUCUGAUUUCGCUAUAGAGCACAAAGAAACUGUAACAGUUGGUAGGACACAUUAUCAAACAGCAUCUCUUACUACUGUUGGAAAAAGAGCAGCUAUAUGGGCUCAAGAGCUUUUGACAUCUUUCAAACAACUAGAACAUUUUGGCGAAAACAUUCGUUUCCGUGGAAUCAAAGGAGCUACUGGAACUCAAGACUCUUUCAUGACUUUGUUUAAUGGAGAUGAAGAUCAAGUAGAAAAACUAGAUGAAAUUGUCACUAAAAAAGCCGGAUUCAAGCACAAGUUUAACAUCAGUGGUCAAACUUAUUCUCGCCAACAAGACGCUCAACUAAUUUUUGCUCUCUCGUCAAUAGGAGCUUCAAUCAAGAAGAUAUGUUUGGAUAUUCGUGUUCUUCAAGCUAUGGGAGAACUGCUUGAGCCAUUCGAGAAGGAUCAAAUAGGUUCUUCUGCGAUGCCAUACAAGAAAAAUCCAAUGAAAAGCGAGAGAUGUUGUGCAUUAUCAAGAAGUUUGAUCCACAAGCCACAAGAAGCUCUGAGUGUUUUCUCAGACCAAGGUCUGGAAAGAACUCUAGACGAUUCCGCUAGUCGAAGAAUGCUACUUCCCGACACUAUUCUAACUACAGAAGCAUUGCUGAGUACAUUCCAAAACAUCUUCGAGGGAAUCUCUGUUCAAAAGGAUAAUGUAGCCCGAAUUGUUCGAGAUGAGUUACCAUUUUUGGCCUUGGAGAAAGCAAUGAUGUGGAUGACAGAAGACGGAAUCGACAGACAGGAGGCUCAUGCUGUAAUCAGAACGACAGCGUUAGCAGCCAAAGAAUUGCAAGCUACUCAAGUCAUUGACAUCAAAUACAUGCUGAAAGACUCUAUUUAUGACUCGGUUCGCGAUCGUGUGACGAAAUUGGUCGAGUCUCCAAUUGCUUUCACUGGACGGUCAGUUUCUCAAACGGAAAAGUUCUUUGCCCAAGAAGUAGCUCCAGCUGUAUCACCGUAUUUAACUGGAACGAAUGAGAAAGUUUCACUUGAUGUUUAA